AUGGGCAACAGCCCCUCCACGUCUAAAAACGCGAGCCAGUCGUCAUCGUCACAAACUAGCUCGCAGCAUGACCGGCCGGUGAGGCGUGAAGCCCGAAAUCCCAUCCCAGUGCAGGGCCUCCGGGCUGCUGCCCCGCCUGAACCCUCGCUCACUCAGGCCCAGGGCACCUCUGUCCAACCGCCGUCGAGCAGCAGCAGCAGCGUCGCCAGCCGGCCGAAGCCGCUGCAGCCCCGACCCCUCGGCUCCGGCGUUGCUGCAUCGGGCUACUCGACCUCUUCCUCGCCUGCUACCGCCGCCAGCUCCACGAGCUCCGCGAAACCUGUCGACGUCAACCAGGGCAAACCAAGCCCCCAUCAUGCGCCUGCCAAGCCCGUAGCUGUGCCCAACUCGCACAAUUCCCCCUCGUCCCCGCGAUCGCCCCGGUCCCCCCGCUCCGAAGACAGCUACGAAGUCGCAGCGAUGCCCGUCAGCAGUGUGCAGGACGUGUCGUAUCUGACUCGCCCGCCGCGUCUGCCACUUCCAAUCGAGGAGGAGGUCCACACCCCGGGGUCGCCCAUCAUCGCCCCCACCGAUGUCGGGGAACCGGUUGACGACGUUGAGGGCCUGGACAAUGCAGCACUGGCCCACCCGACCUCGAACCUGAGCGACACGAUAGUAGAAGAAGAAGAUGCCGAGGAGCUGUUGGUCGACAAAACUAGGCCCACCGUGCCGACAAAGCUCGAAUGGCGCCAUGGCGGUGACAAGGUCUAUGUCACGGGCACCAUCUUUCAGUGGAAUCGCAAAACCCGGCUACACCCAGUCGAGGGGGAACCGGGCGUGUUUGCGACAACAAUCGACAUUCUCCCAGGAACACACCAUAUCCGUUUCCUGGUUGACGGGCAAAUGCAAACGACUCCGGACUAUCCUACUACGGUCGAUUUUGGUAACAACUUGGUCAACUACAUCGAAGUCAGUCCCGACGAUCUACAAUCUACACCAGCCGAUGGGGAGGGGUCGUCGGAGGGCAAGACUGCGCCGCAGCAGACAGACGCCGACCCAACUCCGGCCGAGGAAGACGGCCAGGUGCCCCAGCCCAGGGAUAGAGAGAUUCCCCCCGCAAGCCAGUUUGAGCAGAAGAUCCCGAAGUAUCUCAUUGACCAAGAUCAACCUGAGGAUUCCCCUCAGUAUCACCAUGCCGUCCGGGCCACCGAGAAGCUGCCGAACCCACCUGGGCUUCCCGGCUUCCUGAGCAAGCCCAUUUUAAAUGCGGCCACGCCAAGGAAGGAUGACAACAGUGUCUUGACUCAGCCGAACCAUACUGUUCUCAACCACCUUGCCACUAGCAGCAUCAAGAACAACGUGCUAGCCGUUUCGGCAACAACCAGAUACAAGAGCAAGUACGUGACGACUAUCAUGUACAAGCCCACAACAACGGACUGA